AUGUCAGUCAUCCCAGAGGAUUUCCUGAGGGGUCCCGCCUCCGCGGCGAAAGUGCACCUCAUCGACUUCGAAAAAACAACACCUCCGAUUCCAGCCUUCAAAAAUAGCUUUGCAGCGGUAGUUGACAACCUGCUGAGCCCCGAAGAAUGCAAUGAGCUCCUUGUCCUCGCGGAACAAUCGACCACCGAACCCUCCAAAUGGGAACGCGCCUUGAUCAAUGUCGGCAACGGCAAACAAGUCAUGUCCGUGAAUUCGCGCAAAAGCGGCCGAAUAAUUUGGGACUCUUCCGAGAUAGCCGAGCGUCUUCUUGCCAGAUUGAUGCCGUAUAUGCGAGACUUUGGCAUUGAGCAUGUUCAGAACCAGCCCAUGGUGACCGGGCUAGGACCUGCGCGACGUGGGGAAGUGAUGCACUUAUCUCGUCUGAACGAGCGAUUGCGAUUCCUACGCUAUGAAGGGGGGGACUAUUUCCGACCCCAUUGGGACGGAUGCUAUGUGACGCCUGACGGGAAAGAAAAGUCCUUGUUUACAAUCCAUCUUUAUUUGAACGGGGAAGGUGAACAGGAUAUGGACGAGUUGAUGCCUGAGAUUGAGCGUGCGGAGAAGAGGAAUUUUCUCUUUGCGCAGGACGGAGAGGUGGACCUGAUGGAUCUUCAAGACACGGGUGAUGCGGACCAGCCCAUCGCCACGACGCAAGGACCUUUGCUGGGUGGUGCGACUUCGUUUACGGAUAGUUACAAAACGAAGGCGGCUGUGCGGGUGUUUCCUAGGGCUGGUUCGGUGCUGAUAUUCCAGCAACGGGAUCUUCUUCACGGUGGAGAUGACGUGUUUCGAGGAAUCAAGUACACGGUACGGACAGACGUGAUGUAUACCACCGAGAACCCGAAUCAAUCGUGA